AUGCUGAAAUUAAACACGUACAAUCAGGAAGCCUGUUUUCGGCUCGUCAAUAAGAACGUUACUGUGCUUCAACACAAGUUCCUCUGGAAAGGUCUUCAUUUGAACUGCGAGAAACAGUCGCUGAUGUUCACUUGGAACACCAAUCAGAAGGUAAUCGAUGCGAAGCGAUGUGCACACUCAGAAAGCUGCACGGGAUUAAAGUGUGAGCAUGUAAGCACAACUGACGAAAUUCCCGAGUUAGCAAAAGGAAACAAGUAUCCAGGAAUAACACGUUGCAUAGAAAGUUCCGGGGGAACUGGCUGCGGUUGUUUCUAUCUGAGUAGUGGUUGCCUUUUCUACUGCAUCUAUCACGUUCCAGCGGAGGAAGACAUCUACGAAAUCUUCGGAUGUCAGGCAUGGAAGGAGACAGUCGAACUGGAUAUCCAAUCAGAGCUUAUUAAUGGCAAAAAGACAGUAUCAACAAUCUUCCUACAACCAACCGUGUCAAAACGCCACGAUCAUAUGAGAAUCACGCUCAGUUCUCUUGCAGUUCCUCCCAUGCCGGCACUUCAUACAUCGUUCAUCUCCAACGGCAAGGAUGUUGCCUUGUGGAAUAAGGGAACUUCUUUACCACUGCAGUGCUCCUCACUCAUGACGGCUCAAUACCUUGAAUACGAAGUCUCGCACACUUGCAACUGUCAGCUAGCGGAAAAUCGGAUCCGAUGUAACUGUGCAGAUUUCAAUAUCACCUCGGUGUUUUACGACGAAAUCGAGAACCGACUGCCUGUUCGCCGACCAUGGAUCUCGUUCGAAGCAGUUCGCGACGCUGAGGUAAUCGCAAAAAUCCCUACGCUGGUCGCCGCCGAGUUCCUGGUGACAUUCGAAGGGGAUGUCACUGCGGCAAUCGAGGAGGUAACAGAUUCAACUUGCACGAUUUCCAGCACAAUAGCUCAAGGAUGCUACCACUGCACCCAAAGAGCAGUUUCGAAUGUGACUUGUACAAGCAGCGAGACCGGCCAUUCGCUGUGA